GUCAUUAUCAUGUCCUCUAUCAAGGAGCUUUGCACUAAUGUCUGGCUGGAGCACUACAAAGGUCCCGUUGCAUGUCGGGUAUAAUACUCCCUAAGCUGUGACUGCGCAUGCCCGACAGAAAAACUCCAUUAUUUUUUUUUGCUCGGAAUCUGUAAGAAAAAAAAAAACAGUGGGAAACUGUGAAUUAAGGAUAUAUGGGUCGUCAUGGUUGACGGAAUAUAUUUGGUUUCCAGGUGAUAUAGCAGGAAACGGACCAAAGCUGGAUAAGAGUGGAUAAGCGUGCACAAGGAGCGAGACAUCCUUCGGUGUUGUUGGGACCGAAGGAUUCAAGUAAAUUUUAGUCAGUUAGCUUUGCUAGCCUAGCAGGUAGUGUUAGCCUCCAGAUCCCAGGCGCAGUAAAAAGAAGCGUUAUUGCCCUUUGUUUUUAAAUCGGACUGGCAGACAUUGUACUCACGCCCAGAGCUGAUUGAUAGCGGUUAUUUAGAGCUUACACGAUAGAAAUGUUUAUUUUACGGCUAUUCAUCAAAGAAUCGGUCGUUUCCAACACAUUAUCUUGCAGUUCCGUUAGCUAUCCAGCUACGACUUGAUUCUCCCGCGAGCCCGAGAGGCGAAGACUCCAAAACUUCGUCAACACAGAGAGCCUGACACAGAGAAAGGAUGAUCGGUCCGGCUAACAUCACCCUAGCUAUCGGUUUUCAUUGAGUAAGUGCAAUCUAGUGAUUUUUAUUUUUUAUUGCAGAGUCGUAUUAGGUGCUGGCAAUCUCAUGUUUUCGUUGUAAACUCACGAGAGUUUUGUUUUGGCAGUGUUUUGGGCGCCUGACAGCUGUCACGACAACAUACUAAAAGUAGGGUAGCUCGUUAGCGUAGCUACUAGCUUAGCUGUUAGCCUGCUAUGUAUCAACCGUGUAGGUGUUGGACCUUGCUCCACCCCUGCAAACUACAAGAGUUGUUGAUGCAGCCCAGCAAUAAAGGUUUUCGUUAUUUGAUUUCAAGCACUUCUUUGGUUGUCUGUAAACUUCUUACUGUAAAUUGCUUGAAUUUUAACUGCUAAUGUUGUAGCUAAACAUCCAGCAAACCACGGGCCCAGCAAACGCAUCGAUAUAAUCAAAGUAGCCACAUAUUGCUUUCAAGUAUUUUUCUGUAUCUGACACAGUAAAGAUUCUGGUGUCACGUUAAGUAAGACCUCUGUGAUUUAAGUAUAUAGGUGACAACUACAGUUAUAUACUCCGGAUUUCCAUGGCACAUUACAUAACCCCCACCCCACCUAUCUUUCCAGGCUGUCCAUCUCCAUCCUAGACCUUACUCUGAUGUGAGCUGAACCAAUAAACUUUUGCUGGGGACAACCUUUUAGUUGAGCUGAAGACCAGCUGCUUGGGACUUUGAGUCUUUUAACUGGCAGUCAGUGCUCUUCUCACCCAAUCAGCAUGUACAUUGGACAGUGGAUACCUUAGCCAAAACAGAUCUUGGCUUCCUAAAGAUGACAAGGUAUGCAAAGUGUAAUAUUUAUUCUUCUGUUAAUUAUUCUGGGACUAUUUUUUUACUACUGUUUCAGAGUAUUAAUUUAUAGUGCUCUAUGUUUUCCCUUGGUCACUGGAUUUUUUUAUAAUCACAUGAACUCACCCAAUACUUUUGGAAAUGCAAGUUGCUUUUCUUAGACUAUUGAUGUCUCAAAGAUGUUACUGCUGUGACAGUUGCACAUCCAUUUCAUAUGUUUUUAGCGGUGUAAUGAUUCACUUUAAAAAUGAUUAGAUUUCGUGGUUGCUGAUUUGAUUCAAGGACGAUACUGGUUCAUUUAGAACAAUAUGAUCCCAAACAAUUCACUAACUUGAAAUCAUUUCAGUAACUUUUUAGCCAAAAAUUCAACCAGUAUGACUGUGAAAUAAAUACCUGUAUACUGGACAGUGCAGGUGAAAUUUCCUAGAUUCCUGUUGUUACUUGUAAGGGAAUCGGGUAUUAAUUUAUUAUGGUUAUAAACAAAGAAGUAAACAACAAUUAUUAGCAAAUGUAUUCACAUUUUAUUUGAAUAAAUUGCAACCUCCAAUUCAAGUUGAAUUAACAGAAGAUAAACCUUUUCUGUUCUCAAUUUCAAUAUUCAAUACAUUUUCAAGGAAAGUACGGUAAGUGCAUCCAACAUUUCUGUUACUUCUGCUUUUGUUUUUCAACGCAAAAAUAAUGCAGUAUUAGUACCAAAAAUAAAGUGCAAACCAACAUCUCUUCAGGUUAAAUUAACAGUAGGUUUUCCAGCUAGUUUUGCUGUUGUUUUUUCAGCAUAUAAAUAAUAGAAAUACAACAUACACUUGACCACAAUGGUGGCUUGAUCAUUUCUUGCUCGCAGACCUCUCCUCAGCCAUCUGUCAUGAUAUGUUUUGUUGUAUGCUGGCGCAUGGCAAUGAUGUCACAGACCAGUAGACUGAAUCAAGUAAUGCUUAACGUCUUCAUUAUUAAAAGUGAAAAAACUCACAUCUGUGUACAGUUUUCUGGGCUUAAAUCUACUGGGUUAUUUACUAGUAUUUAUAGAAUUGUUUUUUUACAUUUUAAAACAGUGUUAGAUUAAUAUGCAUCAUCCGGAAGGCCAACUUGCCGAGCACAGGUUGAUGUUGUUGGAUCAUUAUAAUAUAAAUUGAUACACCAAUGUUGUAGAUGAAUCAUUACACCCCUAAUGUGUUUAUUUACUUAUUGAGCAGCUUACUGUGAGGCACAACAAUCUGCAGUUUCAUGUAUAUCAUUUUCAAGAGGUGCAACUGUUUCAGUAAGGCAUCAUUUAAAAAAUGAUCCAAGUUAAAUUCUCGGAAAUUAAACUCAGAAUUUUGCACUGAAUACUUCCCUCCACUUUGUAGGGUUUUUCUGAAUUUCUUUGGGGGGGGGGGGGGGUCAUCAUGCAUUUUCUCAGACACUAUAUGUAAUAAUAAAAAUCUUUAUGCCAGAGAUCUUUGCAUGUUUGUAAAUUUACCUUUUAAAAUUAUGAUUACAUAUGUUUACUUUGUGAUUUAAAACUUUGCAUUCAUGUAGUAUGCCCCCCCCACACACACACACACACAAAAAAAAAAUUCAGACAAUUUUCUUGUUCCUUUUACAUUCAUCACAAAGUGAAUUGAUAUGAAUGUAAAGCUGUAAAAUUAAAUUGGAAUGUAAAAUUAAGGUGCAUUAACCCCAGACUGUUUUCUCCAGGUGCUUGCAGGCCGCAGUGAAAAAAUGAUGGGAGGCAGUGAGACUUUAAGUGGGGACAAGGAUGGGGUCCACACCACUGCAAUACAAGUCCCCAUCGGCUGGCAGAGGAGAGUGGAUGGUGGUCAUGUGGUCUAUGUCAGGUUGGUCAGUUCAGUUCAUCAGAAAGCAAAUACAGGCUGUUUGCUAAUAACUAAUAUUUUGAUCUAAGAUCUUAAUCCUAAACUAUCUGUUUGUACACACUUAUGAAUAUGUAACUGUGGGAGUCAAAUUGUUUGAGAAUGCCGGUAUAGUCAACAUUUUUUAAAGGGAAAUAAUUAUUUUGCUUCUGUGGACUAUUUUUUAAGCAUUUAGCUGUGGAUGUUUGGUUGUUUGAUUUUACUCAGAGCUGAGCAGUAUAGUUGAUUUGGAUGCACAGUGGUUUGGAUCUUGCAAAUAAAAGCCUGCAUAACAUUUAAAUUAUAAAAAUAGUGUACUGGAAAGUAGUGAGGCAACAGGUCAUGGUUAGUACUAACCACUCAGACAGAGCCUGAUCUGUGGAUUGAAGGUAGAUUAAUCAUCAAUAUAUUCCACUUUUUAGGACCAGCUUUUUACUUUUUCUUCAAGAAUUUGCUUCUGCUUCUUACUGUUAUGAGCAUGAAAAAAAUACCUGUGUAUCUGUUACGCAGGCAGAGUCAGUGGGGAAAAGGCAGGGAUGCAAGAUUCAGAGUUUGAUUUAAAAAAAAAAAAAAAAAAUGGUAUUUUGUAUCCCUAAUAAGGAUGAUUAUCAUUAUGUGCUCCUUCUAAACCAACAAGAAAACAGCAUUAACAGCAAUGAUGCCUACACAGUCUGUACAAAAACGUGUUGUUCACUAGUAUUGUUAAUGGAUAUAGAAACUAAAUGUACUGCUUCGUUUUUCUCUGACAUAAACAUACAUUACACUUUGUUGAUUCUCUCUUACCCCAUAUCAAAGACUUAAACAUCACUCCAUUUACGUCAGUCUCAGUGAAAACACACAUGCAAAAUACAAAAGCUCCAAAAUGCGAACGAAGUGGGAAUACCAUGUCAUUGCAUUCACUGAGACCUAAUAUGAGUACAGUGACAACUCACAUGACCCCAUCUGCAUACAGCUGCGUGCCCACUGACUCAUAUGCACACACGGUAAAUGACCAGAUUUUGCGUUUAUGCCCGAUUUAAGUCUGAUUUUACAUAUUCUGUUAAAGGUGGGGUAGGCAGGAUCUGAGGAAGUGUCAGUUUUUGGGAGAAAUCUUAAAUGUAAACACUACCCCUCCCAACCAGUUUUCCCCUCAGCUCCUCCUCUCCCUUAAGUCUCCGCUCCAGCAAGCCCCACCCACAAACAGACGCUCCUGCUCGCUCGUAUCAUUUCGAUUAAAUUCAGAUAUAGUGCCGAUAUAUACUUCAGAUAAUUACAAAUGGGGCCCAGUCAACGUGAAAGUAAACAGCAUUGGUGCUACUGCAGAUGCCAAUAGACUACCAGCAAACACAAUGUUUGCAGGACUUCUAAAACUAGGAUAAAGUGACAUAGUCCAGGACCCGAGGUUAACAGUUUAGCAGCGCCACAACACGCAGCAGGUCCCAUUUGACAAGAAACACUUCUGUUACAGACACUUGGUUUACUUUGUUAAAGCAGUUUACCUUUUCAGCAGAAAGGUUACCCUGAAGCGUCCCACAUCAUUUAUGCUGAUGUAGACCCGGCUUCUUAGCUCUUGUCCGGUUUCCUUCUUUUUUAUGCGCCUGUUGUCUCCAUUAGAGUCUCCGGUAUUUACUUCAUUUUCUUGCUCGUGUUGGCAGUCUUGGCCAUAGGAAGAUUCAGACAUUUUUCUGUACUUUCUGAUUGGUUUCUACUGUCUGAUACUGUAGCACGCUAACUUUGUUUGGGCUCAAAAAUUUAAAUGUUGACUGCACAGGCAUAACAAAACACGGCGAUAUCAUUACAUUACCAAAUGUCAUUAAUAACUAAUAGCUACUGACUGAUAUUAAAAGUUUUUUUGUAUAUACACCACAAAAAAGAUGCUUCUUUAACAGAUUCCUGCCUACCCCACCUUUAAGUGCACAUUUCUUUGUGAUUUAAUAUAAGAGUAGUGGACAACCUUGUCAUUGAGAUGCAAUUGUUCUGCCUUAAAAUUCACUGUUAGAAUUAUAGCUUAGCAAGAGGUAGAAAAGUUUUGGAGACAAGGUUGACGGGCGAUAGACACACAGACAGACAUUAAUGCAAUUACGUACAGAGCUUUUUCAAUGUGUUCAACUGAGCACACAUUUCUUUUUUUCUGUAUGCCACAAGUUUUCUGUUACAGUUUUUCCCUCUAUUUUUCUGUUUUUAGUCCCAGUGGCACUGCUCUAGCCUCCCUGGAUGAGGUCAGGACCUAUCUGUUGACCGAUGGCACCUGCAAAUGUGGUCUUGAGUGUCCACUCAUCAUCCAUAAGGUAUAGCUUAUGCAUGAGUAUGUAGUGUUUAUGUUUGUUUUGAGUGGUAAAGGUGAGGUGCUUGGACAAAAAAACUUAAUAUUAAGAUUGUCUUGUCUUUAAAUUAGUGUGCAAUCUGUUAUUGUACAUACCAAUGGUCAUUGAGUAACAUUAAAUUAAUUAUACUGGCAGCCAGGUCUCAUUACAGAAAUACUGUUAAGCUGUUGUGUUGUAACCCCUAUUUGAUGAUCAUAAAGCUAUUGGCAUCAAACAGAAAAAAGAUAGGUACCUAAGUAGUUUAUCUUAGUGGGUAGAUCUAGAACCUCAUAUGCCUACAAAGGCUGCAGUCCUUGGCCCCAUUAGUUGUACCUUUAACUCUGGGCCUGAGCACAUGGAAGUCAUGUCAUCUCUCGAGGGGGUGUCUAACUCAGUGCUAUGGUGUGUUUGACCUGAACUUAAUUUUACGCCAUAAUAUCCCUCUAAUAUCGGCGGAAAAAAGAAAAACAAAAGGUCAUAAAUAAAAUAUUAAGUCUAUAUUCAGUCAGUUUUACAUCAAUCUUAUAGCUCAAGCUGAUAUUCUCAUUUCAGGGACUUUACUCCUGGAAGAACACUAACAAAGAAGAACUUUAAAAAAAAAAAAAGAUCUGUUUAUCACAGGGUAAAUGAUGGUCAGGAUCUGACUGUUAGUAAGUGAAUAUGCUCUAACAUAUUAACCUACAUUAACUGUGGUGUAGAGAUACAUUUAGAUGUGGAUUUGGAUGAAUUUGGGAUUAAUCUAAGUAAUUUUGAAUUGUUUGAAUCAUGAAUGCAUAAGACAGCAUCUGCCCUGUUUGGAGCUCUGGAGGUUUGCAUACUUAAGUGAGGCUGGUCCUUGGAGAGGAUUGAGCAGGUUCACCGAAGGUCCAGGCUACCAGCAGUUUGAGAGGUUCAGCUCAGCAGAAGAUAGAAGUCAGCCGAAGGAUGGGCCAUGAGUCACAGCUCACAGGCCUUAACCCAUUAAGACCUGAACCCUGUCUGAGAGAUGCCCCUGAAAUCCUGAGGGCAAUUUUGAGAAGGGCCCCCAGAUCCUGAGGUUUUCUGAAGUGUUCAGGUUUACAAAAAGCUGAUAUCUCAGCCUCUGUAGCAAAUAGAAACAAAAUUUAACAAGUAUUUGAGAGCUUACACAUGUGGCUUUCAAGAUAACUAUCUUUUAUUUUUCCGAACCUUCAUCACAUUAUUGAAAACCUUGAACAAACAAACUCAAAUAAAAUUAAGAGGCUGUAUAUAUAAAAGUAAAGGCUCUGCACUGGAGAAUAACAAACAAUUUGCUUUCUGUAAAGUGGCAAUCAUGAUAAAAGGUCCAUCAAUACAACUGUAAAUAUAAAAAAUAAAGUGUUGAAAGGGUAUACAGCUGCCCCAGUAUAGUGCCAGUACAAAAGCAUGAAUAAAUACGUGGCUGACAGUGUGUUCAUCUCUGUGCUCACCCAAAGUCAUGCAACACUCUAAGAAAAUGCUGAUAGUGUGAGCCUAAGCACUCAAUAUGAAGAGGUUGUUCACACUGCUGGAUGCUUCUCCGACGAAGCUGCUCUCUGCCUCCGUCAUUGUUUACAUUACUCAUGAAGCACGUAGCAAGAUCCGAGCAUGAAUCCGAUCGCGUUAUUAGCCUAUCAGAGGCAGACGGGUAUGAUGAUUUGAUUCAUCACGACUCCAGGAAUAAUUGAAAAACUACAGAAUGUUACAAAAUGACGUAUCCACGCUCCCAGCUUGAAGAGAAGAAAUGCGCAGCUGCGCCGCCGGCUUGGAAGGUUGAAAUGCUUACACGCUUCUCCUGGCUGGAAGGGUUGAAAUACCUACAUGCUGUCCCAGUUUAAAUGGGUUAAUGCAGAACCAGCGCCUUAUGGAUCUUUUGGAUGAGCCUUUGGUCUCACACCAAUAAUCUGGCUCACAGGGCGACUUUGGGCCCGCUGUGUGACGUUCAGAGGCAACUUUGAAAUAAUGCAGAGAACUCUGAAAAAGAAGCUCGAUGACCAGUCAAAACUAUUUCAUAAGUGACUGUGAAACUAAAGAAAAGUAAGUUAAAGACUUAGUCUCUGACAGCAAUGCAUACAAAAAUUGAAUGUGAACAGAGACAAGGAAAAAAUCAAAGAAUGUGAACGAACAUGUGGUGUAAAACUCAGAAAAACUCAAGAGACUAUGUGAAAAAUGAGGGGACUAGAAGAGGACAAUAAGGGCUACAAAGAGAAGGACAUAAAAAGAAAGUAAGCACCACAACUUUACUGGUUAUAUGUUCUUCAUACUGUUGUGUGUGUGUGUGUGUGUGUGUGUGGGAGGAGAGAGAGGAUUGGUUGCUGGUCUCCUGCUGCAGCUUUUUUUAAGAGAAGACCUUCAGGGUCCUAAAUAUUUUAUCCAGCUUGUACUUUUGGCUGGUAAAAGAGUCAGAUCUAACACUCACUCACUAUGAAUUAUGUUGCUAAAUGCUUUAUUCAUAACAAAUGAUUUGAUACUAAGCAUAUAUAAUGAAAUGUACAAAACAUUCUCAUUAUACUUUCAGUUUCACUAUUCAAAAGAGCACCGAACAUGCUAAAUAGCUGAAACAGUAACAAAUAGAAACUGUGAACAACAAAAGAGUAAACGCAUGUGAACAAACUUCAUUGGGAUUAAGAAUGGAUUCUUUAUACUUGAAUUCAGAUUAUUCAAUGACUUUAUAACCACCUAAUAGUUAAAAUACUAUGUAAAUGAUAAGAAUCUAAAUUGAACAUUUCUAAACAAUUUUUGGUAGGGUAAGGUUAUGUUUCAUAGUUAAUCAUUCCAACUCUUAAAAGUGCAUGAAACUCUGGAAAACUGUUGAUCUCAGAGAUCGGGAAUAAAUCUGUCUGAUUAGUUUCUCAGCUUCUGGGCUACCUAGAAGAGUGGGAUAAAGACCCCUUUUCUGCAAAUGUUACAUACAGACAAAAAAUCCUAUUGUACGGUCCAUCAAACAUCCACAUUAGAUCCGUUUAAGGCUGCACGAUAUUGGAAAAAACUAACACUGCGAUUUUUUUCAACUCUGCGAUAUAUAUUUCGAUAUUAAAAAAUGCAGGAAUUUUCACCAGAUGACCAAUGCGGCACUGCUGAAAUCUUGAGGACAGUUAACCUGCACUGAUCUUACCUCUUUUUGUGAAUGUUAGUAGAAUGGCUUCUCUCUGUCUUAGAGAUAUUUUUAGAUUUAUUGUGCUAGGACUUUGUGGAAACAGAUGAACACAGAACACGUGUUUUAGUCGACAUCAUCCUCCUUGUAAUCGAAACUAUUCCAGAUAACUGACUUUACUUUUCUUUUUGGCAAUAAGUCAUAAUUUUCGGUGGUUUUCUCUUCUUUGUUGAUGAUUUUGCAAUCGUUGUUGUUACCAGUGUUGUGCCCAGAAACGCAUGUCCUCCAGCACCUCGCAAAACGCGCACCGCUUUUAGUAGAGUGGUCUAUGGAAAUGUACAAUUUAAAACCCAUACAAAUCUUAUCUAUGGGGCUUAACAGUGAUGAGUUAUGUUCCGAAAGUAAUUCUCAGCAGACACGUGUUUCUCGGCACAACACCAGCAGCACUAGCAACUCACUCCAUGUGCAGAACAUGUGCAGGGUUGUGGUUUCCUCCUCUCUGAUUUUGAUUGACGCCUGGCAGGGUAGCCUGAUUGGCAACUGAGGUAAGAAGGAAUGUGAUUGGUGGAUCGCUGCACAGCACAUGCAGGCUCUGCGAUGUAACUAUUACGCACAUGUACAUCGCAAUGAUGAUGCUCAAACGAUAUAUUGUGCAGCCCUAGACCCGUUGUAGUUCUUCUUUCACCAGAGAACACAGUGACAAGUCUCUUAUCUGAUGAAUAAUGACCUGAGUCUGGCUGCCAGACUGGAUGUGGAUACUCAUCUCCAUAUGGCAGGAAGUUUUAAUGGCCUGAACUUUGGUAUGAGGGUCUUACAUUGUCUGGUCUCUUGAGACCAAAUGCAAGUCCCCUGGGUAACUUCUCUUGGUUGCCACCUUUUGGCAGGGAGCCUUAAGCAACUCAACUAGGUGUUAAAAAUUUGCAUUGUCUCUUCUUUUUAGACCACAUGUAGCUCUCUCUUCCAGUGGGCUUUUGGUCAAAAAUGGAUUAGAAAAGAAUCGCCUCGCUAGAAGAAAUUUGCUCCCUGUGAAUAUGUAUGAAUGGGACAAGUAACAACUGACGGUCAUUUAAUAUACCAGCCUCUGCCUCUGUUUGAAUGUGGUGUACAUAAGUUAAUGUGACAAGUGGCAAUAAGCAAUGGUCUUGUCAUAAGUGUGUAUACUAUGAUAACACUCUAGCCCAUAACCAUUGUCAACUAAGAAAGGUCUGACAUUGACUGCUCAGCAUAUGUUCUUUCUGAUCUUCUUAUAUCUGGUUUCCUGCAGGUUUUCAACUUCACUGUAGGAGUGAGGGUGGAGCAACACAGCCAGCCAUUAGGCAAAGCAGAGCAAGACAUGACCAAGCUGUGUAACCACCGCCGGAAAGUGGUAGCAAUGGCUGCUUUGUGUCGCAGUAUGCAGGCCUCACAGCUGCCCUUUGCUAAUUUUCACCUUCCAGGUAAGUUGAGGCAUUCUAACAAACUACUUUUGUCUUUCUGUACUUUAAAAGGGGGUCUGUGAAUUAGAGAGCACCAAUCCAACUUUAUGAGUCAUCAUACUUAUACCUGGGUUUACCGACCGCAUCCUCAAUGUGAGGAGACAAAAAGUUAUUUUUUGACAACAUCAGGCUUUUCUUUGUAAAUCCAAGUUAAAUAAAAUAUUAAGUGUGACAAACAUGCAUGCAUACAUACAUACUAGGGGUGGAGGCGAACCUGAAUGUGGUAUUUGUAAAGGCACAAAUAACGUAUUUUUUACAAAUACUUAUUUCAAACAAAUACUUUAAAAAAUAUUUUUUAUUCGGGAACAAGAAAAACAUCUUAUUAAAAAGCUACAUUUCCUCAUGAGACCGCAGUGCAUGCCUGGAUGAGUUGGCAAGUGACGUUCAGUAGUCGGGGAAGGGGAGAGAGUAAAAGAGUCUAACUGACACAGACUUGGCAACACCAGAGGUGUCAGGAAAUGCAGUACAAAUACUUGUUACCUUACUUAAGUAGAAAUAUUGGGGUAUCUAUACUUUACUGAAGUAAUUAUUUUUCAGCCGACGUUUUACUUCUUCUAACAUUUUCACGCAGUUAUCUGUACUUCCUACUCCUUACAUUUUUUAAAAUAGCCUCAUCAGACCUAUUUUAUUUCAGCUUGUUUUGGUUUUCAUUCCACCUUCUUAUCGUUUAAAAAACACAACCCCUCCUCAAAAUCGUAAAAAAAAUCCUAGAAAAAUCGCGUCCACACCAGUUUUUGUUCCUUCAUCUUCUGUUUCUGAGCAUCCCUGAAUGCAGCAUGCUAACAGCACAUUCCCUGAGUUACAGCGGGUAGAGAGACAUGCCCAGAAAAGUCUGAAGUAAACCAAGCGGACUGCUGUAUUUUCAAAUGGUUCAAACAGACUUUUUCAUAUUGUGUGUGUCUGUCAGGCACAACCACACAAAAAGACCUCCGCUGGUGAGAGAGUGUUCACCUGUGUGUGGGCAGGUUCCUGUGAGUGUGUUGAUGUUUGCACUGGAGGAAAAUUUUGCAGUGUGCAAUUUAUAAAACAAUUUAAACACGCGACCAUGUAGAGACAGAAAUUAGAUGCUGUUGUGUAAAUAGGAUAAAAAACAAACUAGUUUGUUUAAUAAAAGGGCAUGGUAUCAGCCUGUUAUAUAUGAAAGGUAUCUUUAUGACUUCUGUUACUAGGAAAAAGAAAUUGAACAAAGUCUUAUUUUGGGCAUUACUGGUUGUUUUAAAGCCAGAAGCUCUCAGCAGUUUAGGGUUAUUUUUAUGAUAUAUUUUUUUGUAAACAAAACAAUGUGUUUCCAAAUAGAUUUAGUGGUGAGACUGUCAGUCCCUGUCUUAUAAGCAGCAGAAAAACUUAAAUAUUUGGCAAAAAAAUAAGGAAAUGCAAUCACAAAUAAAAUCACUAUUGUUAACAUAUUCUAUGUAACUGUGUUUCAAUCAGUGGGCGUUAAGUUUUUUAGAAGAGUAUAUUUGCACUGUACUAAAAUGCGUUUAUUUUCAAUGGGCAUAAAUGCAGCUGAAACAGGUGCAUCCCAAAUUUUUAAGCCUACAUAUAUAUAUAUAUAUAUAUAUAUAUAUAUAUAUAUAUAUAUAUCAGUAAUUUAGACAAUAGGCUGUCAACAGUGCAACGUUAAUAUUUUGGUUAAAAAGGUCAAAAACUAACUUUUGUUCUGCCAGAUCUCCCUGUCAGGGGUUGAUAAAGUUUAGUUCUUGGCGUUCUGUGCAUUAGAAAGAAUAGUGCUUUUAAGUAUUAUUUGUUUUUAUUCUGUCUGUUUAGCGUCCUCCAACAAGGACGGGUGGUGGUGGGGUUCAUAAUGUUCACAGUGGUAUUUAAUUAGUUGUUGAUUUAACCAUGGAUGAGGUAAUAGCUGUUAUGUUAUUUUCUUUUCAAUUAUGUUUCUUGUUACAUGUUCAUUGCUGGAUUUAUGGAAGAACAUCAACCAAUAUUGAAUAUCCAUAAUUAUCAUAAUGGAUUAUUAAGGAAGACUUACACUUACAUAAUGUAAAUAGAAGUGCAACGCCCCAAAAAAUGGAUUUUUAGGCCUAUUUUGAAUUUUACUCCAAUACAAAUACAAAUACUUUUCCCCCCUCAACAAAUACAAAUACAAAUAUCCUAAUACAUACAUACAUGCAUAAAUACAAGCAUACAUACAUACAUACAUACAUGUGUGCAUGCAUGCAUGCAAAUGUGAUUUUUAGGAUUCUUGAUUAAAUUUUCAGGAUCAUGAGCUUUGAGCAUAUUGCAAGUUGCAACUGUAGUUAAUUGUGUGACUAGGCCAAAUAUAUUUGCCUCAAAGAGCUGCCUUUGGUCACCCCAGCCCAUCUUUUUGGGUCAGGAUCUGAUUGACAUCCACUUCUUGGCUCAGUUGAUGCAUUCCUAUCAAAAAUAAUUGAGUAUCCAAUAAAACACAUUGCUAAAUACAAUACAAAAAUGACGCACACCAUCAUGUAAGAAAUGUUAAUGUAUUUCUGUUGGACUUAAGGUAAACCUGGGCCUUUUUUUCUUCUGUUUUUUUUUUUUUUAUAAUAUUGAGGUUUAGUAUGUUGUUUGUGCAUCACAUUGUGUAAAUGGACCAUGUUGACCCUUCUAUGAUAAGAAAUAAUUCUGUCAAAUUUAAUGCACAACAAUUAAGUGAUUUGUUGUUUGCACACGUGUGUCCACUUUCAGAGGUGAGCAGUGAAAUUGACAGCCAGGAUCCAAAGGCAGUACAUUUGGAGCGGGAAGAAGAGGACAAUGGAAUUUACCAUCCAAAACUCCAUCCUGUCCAUUCUCGUCCCAACAGAAACCUUUAUCCAAACCCAACAGGCAGUCCCAAAUCCUCGUACCAGUUUGUCUAUCCUUACAAUGGUUCCUCUCCUGUCCUUCACACAGGCACAAACUCUCUUCAUCCCUUAGACACCCUGAGAAGGCUUCACCAUCCUACUUCUAUCCCUACAUCUUCAAGCUCUUCCCCCAGCUGCCAGCUUAGUCACAAUGCUGCUCAGAGGUCCCCCCGCACCCCGACACCCCAACAUGUCAAUCAAGGUCAAAGAAUAGAAACUCCAGCUUCUCCUCGGCUAGGGCCCCUCUCCUCACCACCUCGCUCUUCUCCUUUGAUCAUGGGUGGAGGAAGAGUAGCACAGACUGCCGCUCCUCAUCCUCAUGGUGUGAUUGUGGGAGGAUCCCCCCUUUCUCCUUCUCCUUCCAUCUCACCCUCUGUGCAUAACCUAAACUGUGUUUCUCCUCAACGGCGGUCCCGUCACCCGCCAGCCUCACCCUCCCCUCUGUCUGAUCACAUAGGAGGGCCAACAACAGCAGGUGGAGGGUCAACAGCAGCACCAGGUGGAGGACCAAUUGGAAAUAACUUGCCUCUGAAAAGGAGAUCCACCUCUUCCUCCCCACACUCACCUGUUUCUAGUAGCUCCCCUAAUCCCAGUUCCCACUUUCCUAAGUACAAGCUGGAAGACAUCUUGGAACAGUUUAAGAACUCAGGCAACGGCAGCACUAAUAAUCACCAUCUUCUCAACUCUACUAACCCCUCCUCACUGACCAACCAAAGCAGUAGCAUCCCUCAUGCUCUUUCUUCAAAGACUACCAUGAAUCCUACAGCCAGUUCAGGAUCACCAAGUUUUGGGUUAAAUUCUGCAGGGCCUUCCACAUUACCUCUGGGGCAAUUUCCAAACCAUCACCACAGCCAUCAGAGCAAGCUGCCACACCCAGCUACUUAUCCUGCAAGUAGCCUGCUCUCUGCAGCUGCUAAAGCUCAGCUGGCUAACCAGAUAACCCAGAGCUCAAGUGUGGUCUGCAACCCUGCGAGCUUGCCCUCUUCUCUGGAGCAACAGUCAUCAAAGGUAACAAACAGCACUUUACAUAACAGCCAUCCUCCCCCCUCAGUUGCUCCUACCAGGCAUCCCCACCCCUCCCUUGCAGCAGCCUCCUCUGUCCUCUUUCCUCCAUCCCACUCCAUUGCCCAGUCCCUGGCAUCUUCCUUGCCUCACCUGCCUCCCACAGAUCGGAAUGCAUCGCAUAGGAAGAGGCAUCGCCGAUCUCCCACAGUGCUUAGUAUGCUAAGAGACACCCAUCAGCUUCCUAAUGGACAAAGGAAAACCACACCAGGAGAUGCAGUUUCUGCUACAGUUAUCAAUCUGUCCUCCUCAUCUUCUUCCUUUCCCUCCUCCUUGCACUCCUCCUCUACCUCAACUGUGCAGAAUCAGAAUGCUGUCAUUGUAGGAAACAAUCAUCCUCUCCUCUCCGGGCAGAUGCCAAGGCUCACUGCUCCUAGACAGAAAGCACAUCUUUCAAGGCUUCCUCGUCAAAACGAGGCUCUGGAUUUCACUACAGGUCUGGCAUCUACUCCUCUUGGCCUGGAUCCUCCAACACAACCUCUGUCUGCUUUGUUACACCUGCUGAGUGUGCAGAAUGGGCAAGCUACAGCCUCAUCAUCCAGCUCUGCUUCAGCUCAGCCUGGAUCUGUGUUUACCGAAGGGGGACACCCUAAUAAACAGAUCACCAUGCUGUCACCCUCUUCCUGUACCCCUCAUCCCUACAUCAGGCAGCCACAGACUCAGUCUCUGGGCCAGUCCAGUAACACUAAUCUACUACCCUUGUUGUCACAACAGCUUUCUCCUCCUCCCACUUCCUCUCAGUUUGGAUCUGUGGAUCUGUCUCCAUCAGAGUCUCAGCCUACUAAAUUAAAUCCCCUACAAAGGUUUUCUUCCUCUCCAACAGCACAAUCCAACUCACAAUCGGUUUCAAGUAACAGAAGUCCAAAUCAACAUACAUCCCCCACCCCUUUAGACAAGUAUCGGCCUACUGAGAACCACAUUCCUACAGUAGACUCAGUUUCCCAAGAAAUAUUGCAGGAAUCUGCGCCACAGGGCACAGUGGCAACAGAAAUGUGUAGAAACGGUGUAUCUACAGCAGUGGACCUCAGUUCCUCUCACAGCAAUGUUUCAGUGGCGGUAUCCAUCUCCCCAAAGCCUCUUGAUCUCAGCAACCCUGUCCUGGCCCUUCUAGCAGCAUCUUCCACUGUGCCCCAGGGAGAGGGCCGCUCCUCAGAGCAGAACACUGACGUCAGCAUGUCUUCUCAAGGAAGUCCUGCUACAGGUGGGGAUAUUUUUCAAUCUCAAGUGUGUCUUUGGCUAUAAAGAUCUAAUUUGACCUUUUAAAUGCAAUAUAUAAUAUAAUCUUCCCAUAUCCCUGAUUCCAAAAAAAGGUCGGAUGGUAAAAUGAUAUCAACAACAGAGAUUGAAAGUCUAUAAAUCAUAUAAAUCCCAUGCUUUACUGCAAAUAGUGCAAAAACAACUUAUCAAAUGUUGGGGGACAAAACUGUCAUGGUCUGGAAACCAAGGGGACAACUUUCUGGAGUUGUGGAAAGAAAAUGUUGUCUCUGUCUUACCUAAUAAAGGAUAAAGGAUAUCAAGGUCUCAUAUUUUUCAUUUUAGGAUGACCGAGACCAAAUGUUUUGACAGGCAAUAAGUCAGAAUUACAGGCUGGCCAGUUAAGCUACUGGACUCUUCUACUGUGAAGCCAUGGUGUUGAAAUACAUGCAGAAUGAGGUUGUGCAUUGUCUUGCUGAAAUAUGCAUGGUCUGUCCAGAAAAAGACAUUGAUUGGGUUGCAGCAUAUCUUGCUCUUUAACUUAUAUGUAUUUCUGAACAUUGAUGAGACCUUGCCAGGUGUGUAAUGUACCCAUGUCAUGGGCACUUAUGCAUCUCUAUACCAACAGGGAUUCUGGCUUUUGAACUGUGUGCUAACAAGAUGGUUGAGCCCUCUCUACUUUAGAGGGAAAAACACAGCAUGCAUGGUUUCCACAUAGAAUGUGAAAAUGCGCUUUGUCAGGCCAUAGGACAGUUUUGCACUUUGCCAUAGUUGAUCUUGAACAGCUUUUGGACCCAGAAAGUUGUUGGUAUUUCUAGUACAUUUUUAUGAUUGGUUUAGUCUUGGCACAGUGCGGUUCUCUCACUGCAGCUGAUAGCCACUAUGGAGUCAUGUCUGCUAUUUAAGGCAGUGCUGUCUUGGGCCUAAAGAUUACAGGAAUCCAGUAAGCAUUUUUUGGCCUUGUCCCUUUUUGUAUAGUUUCACAAAGUGAUUGACCUCUUCCUAUGUAUACUUAGAAAGAAAACAGCCUUUCUGGAAUGCCCCUUUCUACCCAGUCAUCUAACUGUCCUGUUGCAGAUCAACCUAAUUAUCUGAAAUCUGUUUUUAUCAACAUUUUAUACACCGUCCUAGCUUUUUUUGAAAUGGGAAUUAAAUUCUUCUUUUAAAAUUUUCAUUCCAAUUCCACUCUUUUAACACUGAUCAUUUUAAAUUAUGUGUGGUCAUGAACUCUCUCUUUAAUUAGUUUUGCAGUUACUUUCAUUGUCCAUAGGCUUUAUUUUUUCUGUGACAUUGCAAGAACAAUUGAAGUUUUCAAAACAUCAUUACAGCUGUCUUGUGUGUAUGUUUAUAUGUAUAUAUAUACAUAUAUAUAUAUAUAUAUAUAUAUAUACAUGGAUAGAUACAUAUGUGUGUGUAUACACCACAGGCCAAAAGUUUGGAAGCAAGGCCAUCACAGGCCGAACAGUUGGGAGUAACUUCAAGUUUUUGUUCACAAUGCUUUUUUUAAACUCCAGCAUGAGUUUUAUGUAUUUACUCCAUGAUCAGAUGUUGCUUUCAUGAAAAUGCACCAUUUUACUGCAUUUACCUUUAGAUAUACAUUGAUGUCAACAGACCAUUGCUAAAUAUAUGUCAGCAAAAGAUAAUUAGGGCUUAGUUUUAGAGUUUUAGUCACAACUUCAGUACAAAAGCAAAAAAAAACAAAUCACAGUUGGAUUAUUCACUUAAACUUUUUGGCUUUUGAGAGUCUGCAUACAAAAAUCCCAAUAAAUCUCAACUGAGUUCAAACUACCCCAAAAAUGGCUAGAAAGAAGCAACUGAGUAAAGAAACAAAAGUACAGAUUUGUACAUUGAGGAAAGAAGGAUACACAUAAAGAGAAAUUGCAAAACGCCUAGAGGAGGAGUCCACUACACUCUGAAGAGACUAGAGGAACCUGGAAGUUAUGAUGAUAGAAAAAGACCCGGAUGAAAGAGUGUUACUACAAAAACAGAGGAUAAACAUAGCAUUGUCACCAAUAAGAGAGAUUGGCGAAAGACAGCACUAAAAAUAAGGGAGGAAAUCAACAUGACAAGGUCGAAACCCAUAUCUCUGACAACUGUGAAAUGACGUUUGAGAAAGGCUGGUCUGAAGGUUUGUGUAUCUGCAAAAAAACACUACUUUGUCCACAGAACAAGAAAAAGAGUUAUGAGUGGGCAAAAGCUCACAAAAAUUGGACUUGUGAUGACUAGAAACAAGCAGAGUCUAUGUCCACAGACAAACUGGUGAACAUCUGAAAGCACCAUGUGUUACACCCACAAUUCAGCAUGGAGGUGGUAGUUCCAUGGUAUGGGGAUGUUUUGCAGGUGGUAGAGUAGAAGAUUUGUUUGAUGUAAAGGGUAUCAUGAAGAAGGAACAGUACCACUCCAUCCUCCAGCACCAUGCUGCUCCAUCUGGACUAAGACUUGUGGCUCCUCAGUCUCCAAAACCUUUCUCCAAUUGAGCUUGUGCGGGAUGAAUUGGAUCGAUUGAUCAGAAAAAUGCGUCCCACGAAUCAGCAGUCUCUUUUUAAUGAACUUAAGAAAGCUUGGAAUGCAAUCCCUGGAACAUACCUUAAAAAACUUGUGGAACGAAUGCUUGGUAUAUGCCAAGCUGUUGUUAAAGCCAGAGCAGGUUACUUUAAAGAAAGCAAAGUCUAAGCAACAGUAACUCAAAUACUUUAUAAUUAUAGUCAAAAUGUCUUCUUAUAAGUUACUCUUUAAACAAUAGUCAUGUUUAUUGUGUUGCAAAUUAUAUAUAUGAAACUAUGAUUUUUUUGUACAAAUCUGAUCUUGCUUCCAAACCUUUGGCCUGUAGUGUGUGUGUGUGUGUGUGUGUGUGUGUGUAUAUAAAUGUUUAUAUAUAUAUAUAUAUGUAUUUAUAUAUUUAUAUUUAUAUUUAUAUAGAUAUAUAUAUGUAUAUAUGUAUGUAUGUAUAUAUGCAGAUAUGUAUGUAUGUGCAGAUAUGUAUAUAUGUACAUAUAUGUAUAUAUGUAUGUAUAUGUAUAUAUAUGAAUAUAUGUGUAUUUAUGUAUAUAUGUGUAUAUAUGUAUGUAUAUAUGUAUGUAUAUGUAUAUAUGUAUAUAUAUAUAGAAAUGUAUAUAUAUGUAUGUAUAUCUAUUUAUGUAUAUAUGUAAAUAUGCAUAUAUGUAUAUAUGUAUAUAUGUAAAUAUGCAUAUAUGUGUAUAUAUGUAUAUGUAUGUAAAUAUGCAUAUUUAUGUGUAUAUAUGAAUAUAUAUGUAUGUAAAUAUAUAUUUAUAUAUGUAUAUAUUUAUAUAUGUAAAUAUGCAUAUAUAUGUGUAUAUAUAUGUGUCUAUAUAUGUGUUUAUAUGUUUAUAUAUAUAUGUAUUUAUAUAUAUGUAUAUAUUUAUAUUUAUAUUUUUAUAUAUAUAUAUAUACACUCACCGGCCACUUUAUUAGGUACACCAUGCUAGUAACGGGUUGGACCCCCUUUUGCCUUCAGAACUGCCUCAAUUCUUCGUGGCAUAGAUUCAACAAGGUGCUGGAAGCAUUCCUCAGAGAGCUUGGUCCAUAUUGACAUGAUGGCAUCACACAGUUGCCGCAGAUUUGUCGGCUGCACAUCCAUGAUGUGAAUCUCCUGUUCCACCACAUCCCAAAGAUGCUCUAUUGGAUUGAGAUCUGGUGACUGUGGAGGCCAUUUGAGUACAGUGAACUCAUUGUCAUGUUCAAGAAACCAGUCUGAGAUGAUUCCAGCUUUAUGACAUGGCGCAUUAUCCUGCUGAAAGUAGCCAUCAGAAGUUGGGUACAUUGUGGUCAUAAAGGGAUGGACAUGGUCAGCAACAAUACUCAGGUAGGCUGUGGCGUUGCAACGAUGCUCAAUUGGUACCAAGGGGCCCAAAGAGUGACAAGAAAAUAUUCCCCACACCACGACACCACCACCACCAGCCUGAACCGUUGAUACAAGGCAGGAUGGAUCCAUGCUUUCAUGUUGUUGAGGCCAAAUUCUGACCCUACCAUCCGAAUGUCGCAGCAGAAAUCGAGACUCAUCAGACCAGGCAACGUUUUUCCAAUCUUCUAUUGUCCAAUUUCGAUGAGCUUGUGCAAAUUGUAGCCUCAGUUUCCUGUUCUUAGCUGAAAGGAGUGGCACCCGGUGUGGUCUUCUGCUGCUGUAGCCCAUCUGCCUCAAAGUUCGACGUACUGUGCGUUCAGAGAUGCUCUUCUGCCUACCUUGGUUGUAACGGGUGGUUAUUUGAGUCACUGUUGCCUUUCUAUCAGCUCGAACCAGUCUGGCCAUUCUCCUCUGGCAUCAACAAGGCAUUUCCGCCCACAGAACUGCCGCUCACUGGAUAUUUUUUCUUUUUCGGACCAUUCUCUGUAAACCCUAGAGAUGGUUGUGCGUGAAAAUCCCAGUAGAUCAGCAGUUUCUGAAAUACUCUGACCAGCCCUUCUGGCACCAACAACCAUGCCACGUUCAAAGUCACUCAAAUCACCUUUCUUCCCCAUACUGAUGCUCGGUUUGAACUGCAGGAGAUUGUCUUGACCAUGUCUACAUGCCUAAAUGCACUAAGUUGCCGCCAUGUGAUUGGCUGAUUAGAAAUUAAGUGUUAACGAGCAGUUGGACAGGUGUACCUAAUAAAGUGGCCAGUGAGUGUAUACUGUAUAUAUAUAUAUAUAUAUAUAUAUAUAUAUGUAUGUAUGUAUGUAUGUAUGUAUGUAUGUAUGUAUGUGUGUGUGUGUGUGUGUGUGUGUGUGUGUGUGUGUGUGUGUGUGUGUGUGUGUGUGUGUGUGUGUGUGUGUGUGUAUGUACACACACAUAUAUUUUAAUCUAUGUCUCUCUUUGGCUGUUCUAAUUUAUUAAGGGCAAAAAUGUCAAAAAUAUUCACAAAAAAACUUGCAAGUUAGCACAGAAUUUGCAGGGAUUGGUUCAAAUUGUGUUGAUAGUUGCUGCCACAACAUGGCAAACUCCUGUUAAGACUGAUUUAGAGUGUUUCUCUAAGCCUAUAUGUAAAUGCAUUGGUUACCAUACUGACAGUAGAAAGGACACUUCACUUGAUGUAUGACUAUUCAUUGUUUUGGAUACAAUUAUCAGCUAAACCACUAGUAUGACCUUGUGAAUCAAUGCCUUCUGUCAGCUUACUGUUGUAUAACAUUUCUUUAUUGAAAAAUGAAUGAUCUGUGUCUCUCUUGCAGGGCCAGCUGUCUCCCUUACAGUGCCAGAGGACACUAAGGUCUCUGUACUGACCAAACCUCCAGCAUCCAUCAGCCCUGGGCCCAACAUCUCUGCACGUCUUGGGGAUAACAGUCUCCAUACACCUUCAGUUGUUGGUGACUCAACCACCCCAUUACCUCUUGCAGAGGCUUUCCCCUUCAUGAACCAAGAGCAGCUGCUUCAGCUUCUGUCAUCCACUGGAGGUCUACCAUCACUCCUAGACCCUACAGUCCUGGCUUCAUUGCCCCUUGGUGGGCUGUGGUUAGGAGGUCAACACACACAGAUACCUCCUGCUAAUGCUACACCACAACCACCACAAAAUAUCCCAGAGCAGCAAUUAGAGCAAAAUCAGCAGUUACUGAUACAACAAGAGACACAGCAGCAGAACCAGGAUCAACAUCAUAAGCAACCACAGAUAAACAACAGUCCUCUGUUUCCAUUGUUGCCCUUGUUAAGUGGUGCCCAAGGGGAGCUUCCGCUGAACCUUUUGGGCCAGCUUAACCCACUACUAGCCCCAAGUUCAGCCUCAAAUCCUUCCACAGCACAGGAAGCAGACCUGGGGCUUACAGAAAAACCCAGCCUUCAAUCUCUGCUUAUGGCUUCCUUGUUGCUUGGGCAACAGCAGGCGCCUUUGUUACCUUUGUCAGGGCUGGCUCAGUUAAGCCAGGUCAGCGUGGAAGUCCCUCUUCAGCAGACACAGCAGAUGCCCACCACACUGGAGGGCCUCACCUUGGACAAGACCUCUGGCUUCCUUGAUCCAUCAUCAAUACCUGGCCCAGGCCUCUUGGAAGUUUCACAGGGCCUCCUCCCCAUUCCUCCUGGAGCUGAGGGCUCUAUCCAAGCCCUGCAGUCUCUGCUCCUCCCUGCUGGUCUUCCUCCUCCCCAUACAGCCUUCCUGCCCCUCAGCCCAGCCUUGCUCACUGCUGCCCUGGGCUCUGCUGAGCUCCACUCGCCUCCCCACACCCAUUUAGUUCCUGCACAGCAAACCCAACAUACCACACCUCAGGUAGGCUCCCCUGUUCCCUAAUGCUGAUUCCUUUUUGCCUGUCCUUAUUUCACCCCCCAAAAAGCAAGUGCUAAUUUUCUUCAUUUCUCUGUGGUUACUCUGUUUUAGUUGCUUAUUCAGAAAACACAGCAGAUGUCGUUAAUUUCUGCUGAAAUUCGUUUUCAGAGGCCCAUCUCAUAAACUUUAUAAUAGGGGUUGAUCAAAGUGUGUCCAAACUGUUAAAACUUUAGGUGUGCAUGUAUUUGUUAAGUGAAUCUUAUUUUUGUUUUUCUGUGUCUAUUGACUUGUUUGCAAGAAAUAUUUAUUUUAUUUUCUUCUUUGCUCUACACCAUGGUAAUUUUCUAGGUAUCUUCAGAUGCUGGUGUUGACACCCUCAUCCCCCUAUCUCUCCAAGGCAAAGACAACCCCAUUCUUCAACAUCUACUGCCUACUCUGCUUAACCCCACUGUAUUAGGUGAGUUCCUGCCAACAUCCCCAUCACUUCUUUUUUCUAAAAUAAACCUUUUGUUCCUUCUGUGUCCGUUUUGUGGACGUUUGUCAUUUUUCAUCUUUAUUGUGAGCUGACAGUCACAUUUUUACAGAUGGAGGCAUCAAAUUUGAUGAGAGUUCUUAUUUUUCUCCAAAUUUAAAAAAAAAAAAAUCAUGUCGCCUGUAGAACUCAGUCGCUGCAUUUUCGCUCCAUCCACCCUACUUUGUCUGUAAAAUAGACAAUAGACUUCCAUUAAAAACACGUUAUGGCGCCAUAAACACACGGUCAGAAACCAACAUGUUGCAACCUUUUUUUGCAUCAUUCGAUCACCAGGGAUCUAAAUUUUACUUUCUGACAGUGCACAGUGCACUGAGGUCUUAAUUUGUGGACUCAGCGCAUUUGAAGAGCUAUUUUAUCCACUAAACGUCUUCAGAAUUGAAUGAAACGUUACGUGCCACUAGAUAUGGAUGUCUAAAAGUGGGCUAUGUGUGAAAGGAAAAGUUUGUGUGCUCCUGCGUGUAUGCAUGGGUGCGAAUCUGGGUCCAUGUCCGUAACUGGGCAUGCCGUGAGCGGAGCUUUUACAGUUGAAAAAUCGACAUCCAAGUUCUGCAGUGUGGGACAAAGAGAGGGGGACACUUUCAACUUUGCCCUUACUUCAGAGCAAGUGGAUGGACAUGCAUGAGGAUAGACAGGUCCUUAGGAUCAUUAGGUGAGAAUAUAUCACAUCUUAAAUAUGAAAUUAAUUUUACAUGCUUAUAAUCAGCGUUAUUGCUGUCAUUUUUUUGGUUAGAGGUGGAUAAGCACUUUGAAGUGAUUCCUAUCUUACAUAUAUCUUCUGAUUUUAUAUGCCUUUAUAUAAAAUUAAUUUAAUAUGAACAAAUGAACUUGCUCGCAUUUGAUUUGGUAGAAGAAGAGGCUUGAGAAAAGAAGGUGAAAUUGGUGUUUUUUUUCCGCUCUACCUGUUUAGAACGCACACUUGAUGAAUAAACACACGUCUUAUGACAAGGUGCACAAUAACUGGCAUAAAAAGGGUAAUACAUAGAAUUUUUUAUACGGUAUUUUUUUAAUCUAUAGUGCUAAAGUAAUUCAAGAGAUUUGAGUCAAAAAAAGUAAGAAAAAAUGUUUAAUAAAUAUUAUUUUAUGAACACUUAUAAGCAUGUCCGUUUGGGGGACAAAGUAGGGUGGAUGGAGCUAAAAUACGUAAAAUAGCACUACAAAAAAGAUUUAAAUGCACCAAAAUCAAUUCUACCACUCAUCAUUGCCAUGGCUCACUCUAUUUAUUUAAAAACAUUUCAUCAAGGUCAUUUUAUAUUGGAAAUAUGGCGAUCUUGUGUUUUUUAUCAUUAAAAAUCACCGUGAAAUGGUACACAAUAACUAGCAUAAAAGGUAGUAACAUUUUAUUUUUUAUUUAUUAUAUUUGAAUGGUUAGGGCUGAAGUUGUUUCAGAGAUAUGAGUUGGGGGAAAAAACGCUAAGAAAUGUUUAUUUAAUGAACUCUUAUCUGCAUGUCUGUUUUGGGGACAAAGUAGGCUGGAUGGAGCUUAAAUUGACAGGAACCAAGGGUUGAAAACCCCUUUUGAAAGAAAAAAAAUCAAUACCAGAAAAGUUAGCAAACUUCUGUUAUGAAUCCUGAACCAUAGCAAGAACCAUUUACAUUAUUUUAUCUCUAAAAUGUGUCUCAUAGGGGAUCUUUCUGCCAUCACAAGUCUCAAUAAUAUGUUGGGGAUUGGAGCAGGUUCCAUCCUUCUACCCCCAGUCCAGACUUCUGCAUUGGGGUUGCCUCUGCUACAGGGCCCUGAUGGAGCCAUCAACUUACUCAACAACUUGCAGGUUGGUAACUGGCAUGUAUAUCAAGAAGUCCUAUCAAGAAGAAGUGUAUAUCAAGAACAUCUCUAACAAGGCCAGACCUCCUCUCUAUGCAGAUUACAUCACAUCUAUUUAAAAAGUUUUUUUCCCAUGUAUUUUCAUUAUAUGCAUGCAUGUUUGUAUGCACAUGUGCAGUUAUGUAUGUAUGUAUGAAUGUAUGUACAAAUUGCCUUAUGCCUUGAGGCUAUACAGUGAAUAUAAAAAGUCUACACACCCCUGUUCAACUGCCAGGUUUUGGUGAUGUCAGAAAAUGACAGCAAGAUAAAUAUUUUCACAACUUUUUCCACCUUUAAUGUGACCUAUAACCUGUACAAUGCAAUUGAAAAACAAACUGAAACCUUUAAGGGAAAAAAUAAGAAACAGAAAAGUUGAAAUAACCUGGUUGCAUAAAUAUGCACACCCUUAAACUUAUACUUUGUUGCAGCACCUUUGGCCUUGAUUACAGCUCUCAGUCUUUUUGGGUAGGAGUCUAUCAGCAUGGAACAUCUAGAUGUGGCAAUAUUUGCCCACUCUUCUUUGCAAAACUGCUCCAAAUCUGACAGAUUGUGAGGGCAUGUCCUGUGCACAGCCCUCUUCAGAUCACCCCACAAAUGUUCGAUGGGAUUCAGGUCUGGGCUCUGGCUGGUCCAUUCCAAAGUCUCAAUCUUAUUACGGUGAAGCCAUUCUUUUAUUGAGUUUAGGGCUGCAGCUAUCGAUUAUUUUAGUAAUCGAGUACUCUAUCGAUUAAUCUGUCGAUUAAUCGAGUAAUCGGAUAAGAAAUGUUUUGCUUUCACUGUAAUACUUUGCAUUGAAUCACGUUUGCCUCAGAGCGGACUUAAUGCAUGGACCGGGUGUUUUCUUUUAAGGUGCUGCAGCAUUGACGACGUGCUGUUGUGAAACGCCAACUCCGCCUUACAGUGAACGCACUGCACGGCGUUUUCUUUCCUUUUCAGUGUGUAAUGGUCCCACACUUUAGACACUUUCUGCCGUUUCCUCUGCGUGUCAUCUCUUUCUUCCUCUCUCUGUCUGUCCUCGUUUCCCUCCAUGAUUGAACCAAACGCGCCAUAGACAUAAUAAAAGAUAGACCCCGCAUCGGCCGCUACCACGAAUGGGCGCUGUCGAGAAAUGCGGCCGCCAUCUUGGUCCGGUCAUCCGCCUCACUCUGCACCGCUGUUUAACCGGCGGAAUGAAGUCUGAGCGCAUUAAUGAAUCAUAGUUCGCUCAAUACUACGUAAUUUUCUUCUCUGCAAACGCCAUUCAAAGAGGCAUGAUAGAGGCCAUAUUUUUUUUUGGCGUUUUCAAAUACUCAGAAUGAAUAAAAUGAUAUUUUAGAACAUGGCAGCAGUUGCUGUAUUAUAGUAUAACAAUUAAUCAAGGAUAUAUUUAGGUUUAGAGCUAGGUUCCUGCUAUGUCUCAAUAAUUAUUCAUAACUGGCGGUAUUAAUAGGCCAAUUCAAUAUAUAUUGAUUUGAUUAUAAUUUUUUAUAUAGUUUAAUUUUAUUUAUCCAUUUGUAGACACACACAAAUAAUGUCAUAUAGAAGCACUAUUUUAAUAACUGGAAAAUACACACAAAUAUAUAGCCUACAUAUCAAAAAGAUUUAAACACAAGAACAGCAUGACAGGACAGCAUCUAAACUACAUAUCAAUUUGCUUGUUGGCUACACAGCUCAGAGGAAUCACUUGCUGCGAAUUUCUCCCUCUAACAGCAAUCUCCCACUUCUUCCUCAAGUUUUUGUCCUUAGGAAAUCUUCAAAAUGAAACAGGAGAUCACCACAAAGAAAUCUUUAAUAAAACAGAUAAUAAAAAAAGCUCACUUUCUUCCUUUUUCUUUCUAUUUUAUUUCUUAACGUUUCUUAGAACCUCUCUCAAACAAAAGUUUUUCAAUCUAAUGCAAAUCUGUUGAUAAUCGACCAAAGUUGCUAUUAUUGUGAAUAAGCUAGCUGUUCGCAAAUGCUUUUUUCUUUUUUGGAGUUGACCGAUAGUCUUCCUCUUUGGCCUACAAAUGACUCUACAGUCAAGUGCAAUGUUUAAAAAACGUUUAAUCAUAACUGUGAAAAGUUAUUUCUUGAGCCCUGUUCUCUGCUGUCCGCCUGUUGGCACAGGAAUACGCCGCACAGUGCUCCGGCAUCGCUGAAUGAAUGAAUAUGAUUGACCGGAGCGUAUGGGAAGCUUGACCUGACCAAGAUGGCGGCCGCAUUUCUCGCUGCGCAGCACCCCCAGCGGGGUCUACCCUUUUAUUAUGUCUAUGAAACGCGCGGCAGCGGAAGGAGCGGAAAGAGCACGCUGCUGCGCAACAGAAAUAACCGUCCGUGUCAAACACCGUGCGCUGCACAUGGUUCCGGAUUUAAACGAUUCCUCGAGGCAUAUAAUUUGCCUCGAGGAAUUUUAUUAAUCGAGUUACUCGAGUAAUCGUUUCAGCCCUAAUUGAGUUAGAUGUGUGCUUUGGGUCAUUGUCGUGCUGAAAGAUUAAGUUCCUCUCCAUCUUCAGCUUUCUAGCAGAAGGCCGUAGGUUUUGUACCAACACUGACUGGUACUUGGAACUGUUCAUAAUUCCCUCCACCCUGACUAAGGCACCAGUUCCAGCUGAAGAAAAACAGCCCCAAAGCAUGAUGCUGCCACCACCAUGCUUCACUGUGGGUAUCGUGCUCUUUUGGUGAUGAGCAGUGUUGAUUUUGCGCAAAAUAUACCUUUUGCAAUGAUGCCCAAAAAGUUCAACUUUGGUUUCAUCAGACCAUAACACAUUUUCCCACAUGUGUUUAGGAGAUUUCAGAUGUCUUUUUGCAAAAUUAAGCCAGGCUUUGAUGUUUUUCUUUGUAAGAUAAGGCUUCCGUCUUGCCACCCUACCCCACAGCCCAGACAUAUGAAGACAGCGGGAGAUUGUUGUCACAUGUACUACACAGCCAGUACUUGCCAGAAAUUCCUGCAGCUCCUUCAGUGUUGCUGUCGGCCUCUUGGUAGCCUCCCUGACCAGUUUUCUUUUUGUCUUAUCAUCAAUUUUGGACGGACGUCCUGUUCUUUGUAAUGUCACCGUUGUGCCAUAUUUUCUCCACUUGAUGAUGACGGUCUUUACUAUGUUCCAUGGUAUAUUUAAUUCCUUGGUAAUUCUUUUGUAGCCCUCACCUGACUGGUAUCUUUGAAUAAUGAAAUCCUUCUGAUGCUUUGGAAGCUCUCUGUGGACCAUAGCUUGUGCUGGAAGAUGUGGCUACAAAAAUGUCAGGAAAAGCCUACCAGAACAGCUGAACUUUAUUUGGGGUUGAUCAGAGGCACUUUAAUUGGUGACAGGUGUGUGCUGACUCAAAUUCAACCUGAGUUUGAAUGUUAUUGGUUAAAUCUGAACACAGCCACAUCCCAAGUUAUUAAACGGUGUGCACACUUAUGCAACCACAUGAUCUCAGUUGUUUAUUUUUACUUCACCUCCCUGAAAGAUUCCUGUUUGUUUUUCAAUUGUGUUGUACAGGUUAUAGGUCACAUUAAAGGUGGAAGAAGUUGUGAAAUUAUUUAUCUUGAUCAAAUUUUUUUACAUGACAAAAACCUGGCAGUUGAACAGGGGUGUGUAGACUUUUUAUACCCACUGUAUAUAUAAGCAGGAUCUGUUGACAAGUAUUAGCAGGGGUUCACUGUGAAAGGGAUAGAAUUCUAAGCUGAAAAAGUGACUAGGGAAAUGUAGAGGAUUUACCUUUAGAUUUUGUUAGCAGAAAGUAUAAAUCUAAAUGUUGUUUGCUUAAAGAAAACAUUGGAUCUGAGUGUAACUGAUUGCUUUUCAUUGUUUUUUUUUUCUUUAAGCUUAAUCUUGCACCACCCUCGGAAGGAGAGAAGCCAGUAUCAUUGCAGGAAAGCCCUGCUUCACAGGGAGACACUCCAGCUAUUCAUAUAACUAAUGAAGUGGUCUCCAGUCCUCUUCCAGAUCAAAAUCCAGCUCCUACUCAAGCUCUUGUUCCUGCCCAAGAGCCAACUCAAGCCCCACAGCCUGUAUCUGAAGGCAGGUCUGUCAUUGAUCCUUACACCUCUUUCAUGGACACGAUUUAUACCUCUUUUCUUCAAGUCAAUGCUAAAGAGCAGGAAGACAGGGCCCAGAUGGGGCCCUCUGACCCCACUUCACCCUUCUGUGCCUUACCGCCUGUUUCUUUUCCUGCGGAGCACCAUACCCGGUCCAGUGCUGCCCCAUUGCCUCAGGCAAGUGCCCCAGUCUCCCUCAGCCCACGCCGGGCCUGUUCCCUCAGAAACCCAGACUUAUCUCGACUUAGCUUAGAAGCAGCAGCCCACUCUCCAGCCCAGGGGACACCCAAACCGGAGGAUGGGUCUACACCUCCCCUACAAAGGAAACCUGACAUAGUAGAGGGACAUACUCACCCAGAGCCUCCCCUGCCACCCAACUACUUGGAAGAGGCAAAGACAGACUGUACUGGGCCUGCUACAGCAGUGUACCCCUAUGUAGAGGCAGGGGUGGAUAGACAGGGGCAUUUUCCCCAUGCGGGAUACCUCAGUCCAUUAGAUGGAUGCAAUGUUAGGUCCAAAGAAGAGUCUGCUGGAACAUUUCUACAAACAGAGCAGGGCAGGGUGAGUGCUGAGUUCUCCUGUUUCUUUCUUCUAGUGAGGCUUUUAUACUUGACAGUGAGAAAGAGAUGACUGCACCAAAUAUUUAAGAAAGAGAAAUGUAGUAUUUUAUACUAUAGUUUAUGCCUGUGAUUUGGUAUUAUGUUUUUCUUAUGUGAAAUCUAAUUCUCCCCCCAAGGAACAAGUGGGAGCUGUGGGUGGAGCAAGAAGAGGAAGGAAAAGGAAACAAACGUUAGUUACCGUACUGAAAAUGAAUUUAUCAUGUAUUCUUGACAUCAAGUUUGGAUAAAGUAACUUUCAUUUAAUUAUCUGCUAGAGUUUCCAAGCCCUCAGACUAAAAUUUCUGAAUACAUUACACAUAGCUCAGACUCUUCCUUUCAACUCAUCCUUUUUGCUGUAGUUGGCUGUAUUAAUACUUAUGUUAGUCUUACUCUCUGUGUCAGGCUACAGAAUGUUUUAGAAGACUUCAGAGACAUGGAUGCCACAGCACUAGAAGAAACCAAGGCACCAGUAAGCCCCAUUUUUUUCCUGUGAACAUGAUAAUAGGGAUUUCCAAGCCCUUAGUCUAACAUUUUUUAACAUACACUGUACUUCCCCCCCAUGUUGCUAGGUAUGCAUCCUGCAUUUCUGACCCAUCAAAAUUAGAGCCUGACCGAUUUAUCGGCGAGCUGAUUAAAUUGGACAAUUUUAGCCCAUUUGAGACUAAUUGGUAAUCAGCCAAAACUCGUCGAUUUUCGCCGAUAUUUUCAGAGAUGAAAUGCAGAGAAUAAGAUUCGGUUUCACUUAAGAAAUGUUCCGCCAUUUGAAAAGUUCCCCGACUUAUCCUGUAGAUGGCGCAGCGAACUCAUGACAAUCUACAUCCACUCACUACCUCACAGCACAGCAGAGUGACAGAUCUGAAGUAGGCAGCUCAGAGACGCAUGGAGGAUAGUGGUCCGCCUCAACGGUAAAUAAACCAGUUUGUGAAAUACACAAUAAGUCAACAAGUUUCAGUUCAACCCACUUCACGAUGUUCCCCGCUGUGCUAAUCUCGAGCACGCCAAGUUAACAGUGAAGCACCAUGUAAUAUGCCUUGCUACACUGUUAGCCGUGCCAGUAAUGGUAGAAUAAACAACAGUACACAUUACGUGAACAAGCUACUUCUCUUACUGAGGCAGCUGCAUGUCCGGUCUCCAGAUGAGGGGGGGUUCAAAACGCUUUUCUGGUCUGAGUUUGAUCAGUCGGUCUUCCUGUUGGUGUGAAGAGUAGUAGCCCACAGUAUAUCUACAGUAUAUAGUAUACUGUAGAUAUCUACAGUAUAUGAAGUAUAUAAAAUUCUAAAAAUCGGCCAAUUAAUCGGUAACUGUGGUAUAGGCCUGCACGAUAUAUCGUUUGAGCAUUGUCAUUGCGAUGUACGUGUGUGCGAUAGUCACAUCGCAGAGCCUAUAAUGUCGGAGGUGAAUGAACUCAGUUAAUUUCAAGGGUAACUGACUGAGAUACACUGCAUGUGACUCUGCAUGUGCUGUGCAGCGAUCCACCAAUCACCUUCGUCCUUUACUCAGUUGCCAAUCAGACUACUCUGCCAGCUGUCAAUCAAAAUCAGAGAGGAGGAAACCCACCCCUGCACAUGUUCUGCACAUGGAGGGAGUCGCUGCCGCUACUGGAGUUGAGCCGUGAAACGCGUGUCGGCUGAGAAUUACUUUUGGAACAUUCUUUAUCACUGUUUAGCCCAACAAAUAAGAACUGUAUGGGUUUUAAAUUGUACAUUUCCGUGGACCACUCUACUAUAAGCAGUGCGCGUUUUGUGAGGUGCAUGCAAUUCUCGGAGGACAUGCAUUUCUCAGCACAACCCCGUUAACAACAACAACAACAACAACGAUCGCAAACUGAGCAACACACAGAGAAAACCACAGAAGAUGAAGACUUGUUGCCAAAAGGAAAAGGAAAGUUAGUUAUUUGGAAUUAUUUCGGUUAAAAAAUGGAUGAUGUCGACUAAAACACGUGUUCUGUGUUCAUCUGUUUCCACAAUAACGUCCCAGAACAAUAAAAGCUAAAAAUAUCUCUGAGACAGACAAAAGCCAUUCUACAAACAUUCACAAGAAGAGGUAAGAUCAGUGCAGGUUAACUGUCCUCAAGAUUUCAGCAGUGCAGCACAACAUAAAGUGCUAUUCAGGUCAUCUGGUGAAAAUUCCUGUAUUUCUUAAUAUCGCAAUAUAUAUCGCAGGGUUGAAAAAAAUCGCUAUGUUAGUUUUUUCCAAUAUCGUGCAGCCUUACUGUGGUAUACCAUAUAACUGUAACAUAAAAAAAAAACCUUGUCGGGCUUCAGAAGAGCUGCCUAAAUUAUUCAUUGAUACUCGUCCACAUGCUGUCAGCAUAAUACUGAAACAAAUAUCACAAACACAUACCUAGUCACCACUUUAGUACAUAAUUUUACAGGACACUGUCCCUUUUGUAUUUCUUUUACCAAACACCCUUUUAUCAAUGGUCGAAUGUUAAAAGAGCCACAUGAUCACAUAAUGUACCACAUGGACAAUGUUUCCAUGUUUUUAAGCCAUGCAGGGGUAAAAAAUCUGUCUCCACGGAGUAGUUUUAGUAAACACAAUAUUAUUCUCCCGUGUUGCCCAUGCAGGACAGUUAUUUUAAGUCACCUCCACACAGAAGCUGUUUAUUCUUGCUUCAGUUACUUUCAGUAACUACAUAGUACUUGAGCCAAGAACCAGAAUUUCACAUAUCAGUACCACCUGGGUGGGCAAAUUCUAGUUGUGAUUUUUUUAUUGCUAUACAUCCCUACAAUAAGUUUUUAUAUGAUAGACCUUGGUAACUGGUAGCUUUAUUGUAGUUAUCACUCAUUGAAGUAAUAGAGUGCAGCUGUUCAAAAACGAAAAAUCGCCUUCCUUCAGAAUUAGCUUUCUUUCAUUUUAACCUCUCAUUUCGGUGUGUUAAUAUGACACUGACAUAUUUUCAAUGCAGGAACUCAAUAUACAAUCAUCCUGGCUGGUGCAGGGCAAGAAGACAUUAGCAACAAAAUAAGAUCUACUGAUGUAUACACUCUAUACAAUCAUCUGAGAAAAACUCAAAUUCCUAUUCAAAGUCCUAUUCUUUCCAUAAGGAACAGUGACAGCAAAUAUGACUGUCAAGUUUUGGCUUAGUACAUAAUACUGUCACUGAGUCACAGUGGGUCUGUUAACAUAGCUCCCUUUGGUCAUCAUUUAUUAAUCAACAUCAGUAAUCGACAUCAGUAUCUGUAUCUUCUUCUACAUCUGAGUCUGCCGGGUGUGCAAGGGGCUCUUCCUCACUGUAUUGGUUGGCACAAGUUUGUAAUUUGCACAGGUUUGUGCACUUCAGCCCAUUGCUGAGACAGGUGCAGUAUGGUGGUUUGCAUGUCCUCACACACUUGCAGGAUAGCAACUGCAAGACCGCAUCUGGUGCUGGGGAACCACGCAUCCACUGUAUUUCCAGCUGCCCUUCGUCAUUUAUGGUCCACCCAUGGUCCUUGGGGCUUGGUACAGAUGGCUUGGUAUGAAGAGACCGUCUCCAGAUAGCAGCCUGGUAGUUGGCACGAAUCGGUUGCAUUAAUACGCAAUCCUGACAUGGUGGAAGCUGGCUGGACUCAACUUUAGCCAAGGUCCUGCAUGAAGGUGGUGAUAGUUAAAAGACUGAUGUUGUCUUUGACGUUUACAAGGACAUGUCAAUCAAAAAUUCAGAAAGACUAAACAGAGGUGCAGACAUGGGGAUCCAGUUCAGAAACAUUGUUUCUGGCCACAAUAUUCAGCAGUGGAGGAAACUUCUCUGCAGCCCUGCCAAUAAAGCCAGUCUCAUCAAGUUCUUGGUGGAGGAAUGGAGUUUUUCUCAGAUGACUGUAUAGAGUGUAUACAUCAGUAGAUCUUAUUUUGUUGCUAAUGUCUUCUUGCCCUGCACCAGCCAGGAUGAUUGUAUAUUGAGUUUCUGCAUUGAAAAUAUGUCAGUGUCAUAUUAAAUUUGUGUUAUUAUAAUGCUAUUAGUCUGCAUUUACUUUACUUCUACUUCGAAGUAAAAAAAUAUCCUUAAUUUAGACCUUGAUUUAGACCUGACAAUUGGCUAAUUGAAGCUUAUAUAUACACACCUGUAUUAGAUAAAUUCCUUGAAAUACUACUUAGGGGGUUAUUACAAGUCUCUAUGGCUAGCCAAUAGUUCAAACACACCGAAAUGAGAGGUUAAAAUGAAAGAAAGCUAAUUUUGAAGGAAGGCGAUUUUUCAUUUUUGAACAGCUGCACUCUAUUACUUCAAUGAGUGAUAACUACAAUAAAGCUACCAGUUACCAAGGUCUAUCAUAUAAAAACUUAUUGUAGGGAUGUAUAGCAAUAAAAAAAUCACAACUAGUAUUUGCCCACCCAGGUGGUACUGAUAUGUGAAAUUUUGGUUCCUGGCUCAAGUGCUAUGAUACCUGAAAGAACUGCUCCACCAUCAAAUUGGGCCACUCCCACUUCAUCAACUCAUUUAAUUAGACACAGGUUUGAUUCAUUUGUAGAAAAGAGCAGUGUGACCCAAAAAGAGUAUGACUUUUAAUGUGCUUUUGACUUUCUGUGUUGCUUUUGGAGUUAACAAAAAUUUGCCUAUUGAGGAAAAUAACAAAAUGAGAAAAAAUAUAAAAAGCUACCCCUAUGAAAAGUCUAUCAUAUUUUAAUUUACUUAUAUUGACCCUAAAAACAAUUUAGUAUAUGUAAGGUUUUGCCCACCCAAGUGGUACCGACAUCUGGUCCGGCUCAAGGACUAACAUUGAAGCUACUCUUUCUUUAUGGGAUAUAUUGAUGUAGAACACUUAUCUGUAACAGUUUUUUGUCCAUUAACUGCAGAGGUCUGUAAUUAGCUAAAGCACCAUGCUGUUUUUUAACUCCCAUCUUUUUUACACUGUAGCACACAAGUUCACAUAGACACACAAGCACUCGCAGAAAAGGUCACCACAAUACGGAGACAUCAUCACCAGCACCAUCAACCAAAGAUAGGGAUAGAUUGAGUGCAUUAUGCAAACUCUAACAGUACAUGGCGAUGUGAUCCAGCAAAAAAAAUGAGGGCAAAUAAACAUCCACAGUCUACGGUCAUCUGAAUUUAAGCACACUGAACGCUAUUAAGCUGCACUGAUUUGCUAACUGUAUGCACAGAUUUGCAUGUUGCUCUUGUUUUUGUUGACCAAACACUCUUGGGGGUCUUUAACAUCCCAACAGCAGUUGGCAGGUGAUUGAUCCUUGAUGGGCCCUUUCGUUUGAAGUGUACCCAAAAUGCAUCAGCUGUGUUUUUGUAGGGAACAUCUCACUUGGUGCACAGCACUCCACUUUCUCUCUUCUUACUGGCAGCUGUCAUGUGACUAUGACACAUCCAAAAACUGAGUCUGAUGUCAUCUCCUGACUUACAGUAAAGAGAGACAUGAUACUAUCAAAGAAAUAAGCUAAAAAUGGAGUAAUUACUGUCAGAGGAGCUGGACACCAACAGUUAAUUAAGGCAUUUAUUACAUGUGUUGUACAACAGCUUCUUAAUGGUAUGACACUGAUACCUUUGCUAUUUAUAAACUCCAUGGUAUACUGUAUUACUGCCCAAAUCUUUUUCCUGAGGAUGACAGAGUGUGAUCAGCAGUAUGUCAGCUGCACCUAGCUAUUUUUUCAAGGUGCUCUGUGUGUUUAGUCAUUUCACUGGUUCCCAAACUUCAGAGAAGAAAAAAACAUAAAAUUGGGACAAAAGGGCCAUGUCUAGUUUUUGACACACACUGAAAGGAUAAUGAACAUUUAACUUCCUUUUUCUUUGAAUCAUCUUUCGUUUAAUCUCGAUCUAUCGAAACCAGUUUGAUGACAUUUACCUUGGGAUAACUUAACACUGUGUGCUUUUUUUAACUAGAAAAACCUUGGCAUAAUUUUGCAACAGAGAAAAGCCCAGUUUAAAAUUGCAAAUAAACCACUGUCAGCAUUUGUAGCUUGAUUACUUCUUGACACGUUUUUUUUUUUUUUCACAACAAAUUUCUAUAACAUUUGCAUUUGCAAUGGAAGAAGAGCAACCCCCAUUUCAAUUUUAUCAAACCACAUUUUAUGACUCUUGUCACUCCACUGCUACAUUAAUCUAUGUGUAAUUUCAAAGUUAAUACAACUUUUAUUAGUAUCUGUAGUUGCCUUACUAACUGAAGAAACUGGAAUUUUACAAACUACUUUUUGCCAUGUUUUCAAUUUGCUACAUCGGUCUCAUUUUUUCUUUUUCCAAGCACACAGAACUUUAAUAUAAUUUGCAAUUACUUUGAAAAAAGGAGUGUGUGGUUUCUUGUACUGAGUAAUUCUGUGUUCAACUUUGUAUAAAAGGCAAUGAGCACUUUGUUGAUGACUGAUGCAGCUUUCACAAAACAAGCUGUAUGCUGGUGCUAUUCUCAAAGUAUUUUGUAAAAAAAAAGAAGUGUGUUUCUUGAUGAGGCGUGGCUGUAAUGCCUCUAACUGUGGUCUUAAUGUAUUGGGUCUUAUACUGUCAGUUGCCAGCAUCUUUAACCCCAAAAUAUGCACCGGAUUCUCCUCACCUCCCACCACAUAUACCGCUAACUCAAGAGCUAGAUGUGCUUCAUCAUAUUUUCCUUUUGACUGUCUUGUUCAUCUUCGGAGAUCAGCUCUUUCUGGCAUGUGUUUGAAUGAACACCAUUUCUAGUGUAUACCUAGUUUAUCAUUCUGCUACAAAAAAAAGAUUUUGAUGCUAAGACACUGGGUUACCACAUGCACUGACAACGGCUUAAAAUUUGUUUCCCAUGCAUAGUAGCUGAUGCUCAGGUUUCUCAUCUGGCCUGUGGUCGAGAGCCCCAUGUACAGCAAGACUGUGUAAUCCUCAAUCAUGGUUUCAUAUCAUCAAAUAACUAUUUCAUCUUUUUUUGUAGAUGAUUCAUAUCAAGGAAUUAUGGAGUCUUGAUUUUCUUGCUCGAGGGGUAUGCCACCAUGUAACAAAGAAAUGAAGAAUAUCACAGUGAAUCUUUGCAAAAUAACAAAAGAGCAUCAUUUGAAAAAACUAUCUUAUGUGAGGGUCUGUUUAGGGAGACUUUGUUAUUAGGUGUAUUUGUUAAAACUGCAUGAUAGUCAUUAUCAGAUGGAGAUGCCUCCUAAGGUUAAGUUAAGGUAAACUUUAUUAUCCCCAAGGGGCAAUAGUAAUCACAAGUAAAAACAUGCUACAUAAUAUCGUUGAGGAGCGUGAUGGCAGCAGGGACAAAUGCAUUUUAAGGUAGCUAGUCAUACAUCCUGGUAGUGCAUGCCUGUGCCCAGAUGGCAACAACUUUUAUGUAAUAAUAGUUUUCUCAGGAAUAUCUUGUUGAUGUUAGCACAGGGUCAAAUUCCAUUCCUUAGAUGAGAAACAACAGUUAAGGAAGAAAAAUAUUUUUAAAUUUGCCUCAGCUAUUGUUUAAAUUGCCAUUUAAAGUAGAGAAAGUACCUCUCACCAGAGAAAGAUGCAUAAAUCAGUUAACUUUUUCAAAUUUCUAAACAUUGCAAAGGUCAGCUCUCACACUGUCCUAAAAAAAUAUUUUCAGGAGAGGAUGGAUUAGUACUAUGCUGUAAUUUUAAAUUUUUAAUGUAAUGAUAACAUCAUUCCCCCCUGAGAAUAGAUAAAGAUUAGGCUGAUGUGUGUGCACCUUCUUUGUCUUCUGGUUCUAGCCAGCACUGCUGAAGCCUGAGAGGUCAGUUCGUGGCAGGAGACGUCGAGGCGCCAGGUCUCAAAGGCAGUGAUUGGUGGAGGGAAUUCCAAGUCCCAGCCAUACUCCAAUCAAAGGCGGCCAGGCACUUCUCCCUCCCCGUCCCAUUGCUCCACCAUCAUCACCACUGUUCAGAAGUUUGUUUUUACAAUUCAAAUGCACUAUUAUGCUGUUGUCAUGUCAACCAUUUUUAUGUCAGCCAGUAAGAAUAAACACAUAGGAGAGGAAACUAGUCUGAUAAGUUAAUUAAUACAAAAAACAAAAAAAAAAGUUAAGAGAAAUUUUGUCAAUACUUUUUCACAUAGAUCUUUUCUUAGGUCUAGUUCACAAAAUAAUGGUUGCUUGACAUUGUGAUUGGAGAUCUGUUAACCAUGGUUGGUGUUAGAAUAACAUCGACAAGAAAACAUACAAAAAAAAACAAGUACUGUUUUUUCUCAUCAGUGUGUUACUGAAAGUCAAGAUAAAGCCCAUCUACUUGAAAUAUGCUCUCUAUUGAAAGUGUGUUUGUAAUUGUGUGGAUGUGUGUGUGUCCUAUAUGUUUGAGUGUGUGUUGGACAACAGUGCUAUUGCUGAGCCCCACAAUGAUUGACGGUUAGUUGAACUUACUUUCAUUUAAUCAUGCAUGCCCUUUAUCUUUUAUGAUAAGAUGAAAGGCUCUCUGAAAAGACACACUGCUGUUGUGUUUCACAGAAGGGUUCUGACGUUUUUUAAGGCGCUGGAAAGGCAUGAAUAGAAGGAACUGAAAUGUUUCUCUUUAAGAGUAAAAUAAGAUAUAACUCUUGUAUUUGACAAACCUAGAAAAUAAUGGAGAUUCAUGUCAUGUAACACUCAAGACAAGAAUUUAUAAUCAUGAUUUGUAAAUUUUUGUGAGGUAUUAUUGUAGGUUUGUACAUCACUCAUGAUUUUACAGACUGUUAAAUGAAAUAACACCAGAAAAUCAAGUGAAUGCAAGAACACAGUUAUUUGACUAAGGCAGUCCUCAACACUGCUUAUUUUCAGAAACACUUUUGGUGCCACAUUACAGCAUUUUUUUGUGCUGAACAAAAUAUGAGAAGCUGUUCUAAGAUGGAGACUAUUUAAUAUCUAUUGAUUGGUUGAAACACACUCCCCAGCCAUGAGAAUUGUGCUUAGGUUAAAGGUAUAGAAUCUUAAUUGAAACAUUUGCAGCCAUCCUUAGUUUGAACAAAAUACAGUAUUGAUUGAUCAAAAGAAUGGCUGGAAACCUAACUGCAGAGAAUAAUGAUGUCUUAACGUGGAUCUGGUGAGUCCGUGUGUUACUGUGGAUUUGAAGUAAUAUCCUUCCUGUAUCCUUAUAUCACUGUGUGAGCAUUCCUCCACAUGCUGCCCUGCCCUAAGAGUUCUGGCAUCUCUAGCUGUAUUUAAGAAAAACAAUAAAGAAAAGUGAAAAAGAAAGCAGAUUAUGCAAUUUCUACACUUGGAGAUUUGUAUAUAUGUACAGUUAAUGUGUUUUAUUUUGAUUUUAUAUUGUUAGAGAAAGACAAGAAAAAAACAAUAAAUUGUGAAUUUUUCUGGGAAUUGUAAUUAAGUAUUUUUCUCAUUCUACCCCUUGCAUUCAAUACCUAUGUUCAAGAAGACGAUUAAAUUGUGGACUGUAGCUUUCUUUUUAUAUUGGAGUCUUUUUUAUUUAAUAUUAAACUAUUUACAGAAAAUUUA